UUACAUUCUCAGAAUCAUACAAUAUUUCUUCCGACAAAGUUUUUUGGAACCGAUCAUGAAUUUAAUAACAAUUUUGCCUAUCGCUCUUGUUUUGGCUGUCCUAAGUACGGGAGUCUUAGCUGGAGGAAAAUGUUCAGAUCCUUAUUGCAGCGACUCCGAUUGCGAUGGUGAGACAGAAGGAUGGGUUAAAGUUGAUGGUGAAGAGCGAUGGGUUGGAAAAGGAGAACCAAUUCCGAAAACUAAAGCUGGAGAUCGAUGGUUAUUGGUCAACUAUGAAGCCCGGUUUUUCAAAGAUGGUGAAAGUCCUGCAACCCACCCAGGCCAGCCAGUUGCAGAGGAAGAUCGUAAUAUAAAGUACUGUAGUGGUGGUGAUCAACCAGGAUGCCCCCAUAGUCGCGGAAAGAAAAAGGGUGGUUUGAUCAAAUCAAUUAAAAAAGGCUUAAGCAAGAAGAAGUAAAUGGAUGCUCUUUGGAAUCGUAUUUUGGAUCACAGGACGCUUAUCAAUAGGAUAACGGACACCUCUGAUAACAAGCAAAAUAAAUAAAUUUUAAUAACAUCAUGUAUUAUUUAUUGUAUUGAAUAUUUCGUUUUUUUAUCAGUUAUAAUUUGUAAAAAUAUCAUAAAAUAUCCCAUUAUAACAUCUAAAUACAAAGUAAUCGAUUAACAUUGAAAUAUUCAUUCAAGAUAAUAAUAAAUUACAAUAUUUGAAUAAUAGA